AUGAAUUUAAAUUAUAUUGAAAACUAUUGUUAAGCUUUAGAAGUCCCAUCAUAAUAAUAAAAGCCAUAGAGUAUACAUCAUUCAAAUAGAGAAUACACUUUUGCUUCAUCUGGUUAAAAUUAAGUAGUUAACAUGAACAAAAAGUAAUCGCAACAAGAUUCAAAUUUUAUUAAUAAAUAUCACAAUAGUGGCCUGCCUCCCAAUAAUUACACUAAGAAGAAAUCCCCCAGUCAACCUACUUCAUAUUGGAAUAAAUUGAAGUAAUAAUAUGUUCCAUUACAAUCAACUCAAUCGACGCAUCAUAGUAAUCAUAAUCAAUCAGUAGAAAGUGAUCACUAGAGUUAUGAAUAAUUGGUGAUUUACAAUAACUUAUUGAAGUUGGAGUUGGAAAAACAUUUGUUUAAUUGUGGAGUUUUUGUUAUCAAAUAAAAUAAUGGAAACUGCGUUGACUUUUACAUGGAAUUAAAAAAACAGAAAGAACAAUAUGAAAAAUAGAUCUAAGAUUUGUAGGGAAUUAUUUAGAGCUAUAAUGCCAAUCUUAAUGAAUAAAUUGACUUUUCUGAAUAUUAACGAUAGAAUCAAGAAUUAAGUGCAACAAUACAACAAGCAAUUUCAAAACUCACACUAGCCAACUAAAGUAUCAAUUAGUUAGAGCAAGAAAAAGAAUCAUUGUUAGAUUAUGUUGACAAGUAGAAAGAUAUUGCUGAACAAUUAAAGUAAUAAAAUGACCACUAAGAUGCUAAAUAAAAAGAGAUGAAAGUAAUGAUAUUACAAUUGUAAAAAUAAAUUGAAUAAUACAACCUUGAAGUGAUGGAGAAAGAGGACUUCAUCAAAGAAAUAAGUGAGAUGUAAAAUAAGAGCAAAAGUCUAUUGUAGGAUGAAAUUAUGACAUAUCAAUAAUAGAUUACUACACUUUAACGAUAAUUAUAAGAUUAUGAAUAAUAAAAUAAGGAUUUGAGUAGAAAAUUUAAUGAUAGUGCAUCUUAAAUACAAAUGGUAAUUAGACAGUCUGAUGAUAAGCAAAGUUAACUUCAAUUUACACAGAUUUAAGAUAAUCAUAGUGUUUGUGAGUUUGAUAGCAAUUUAAAAUCAUCAAGAAAUACCAACCUCAUUCAGAAGUAAUAAUAGGGUUUAGAUUAGAUGAUUCGAAUCAAUAAAUAAACUCUCUAAGAUUUUUAGUAGUAAUUGAUGUUGCAUCAGAAAUUAGGGGAGUAUCAAGAGAAAUAAAGUAAUUAAUUAUAGCAGAUUGAAUCAUAUAGUAAAUAACUAAUAACAAUCACAUAAUAGAACUAAGCACUACUCUAAUAAAACUCCUGUCUUAUAGAGAAGGAAGUUCAUCUGAAUCAGCAAGUUUAAGAAUUAAGUUAAAAUCUUGAUAAACUUUAAUAGGAAAGACAAGAAUAUACUGAAUAAAUGGAAUUAUUGCAGUAGUAAAUCAUUGAUUAAAAUGAAAUCAACUAAGAUUUAAAUGAUUAAUAUUUGAGAUAAACAAAUCAGUUGCAAAAUAUAAUUCAAAUUGAAUAAAAAUAUAACACAUUAUAACUUAGGGUUUAAGUAGAUGUGGAAUACUAUGAGAACAUAAUAUCUGAUUUUAAUUCCUAAUUAAUUAAAAUUUUGAAGAAGAUUGAAGACAUAGUAGUGAAAUUAUCAGUUUCUAAUUUAAGUAAGAUUUAAGUGAAUGAGAUCUCGACCAAUACAAUAUUGAUAUCUCUUGAUCAUCUAGAAAAUUUGGUCAUUAGAAAUCUGAGUUGUAUUAAAACUCAAGUCAACAAUUCGAAUCAAAUCAACAAUAAUACUUAGUUAAAUUUCUCAACCAUCCAAACUCCCACUAAUAAUAUGGUGCAGCAUAGUAAAUACUUUUCAAAUGAAGGUUUUGACAGCUAUCAAAAAAACAGUGUGUUGAGCAACAGUCAUAAUAAACCAUAUUUAGUGAAGAGGAAUUACUAUUUGUGA